CGGCGCUCGUCUGAUGAGGGACGGACCCGCUUAAUUUCAUCUCACCACGCGUGCUCUCUUCUCUCUGCUCUUUCGACACCUCUGAUUUACGGCUCCCCGGCACAUAUGUCGCUCGCAGCGGGACCAGGUCGAGGCGGCGGCGUCGGAGCAGCGCAGCUGCCUGGCGAGCUCCAGCUCGUCGUCGACAAGCAUGUAGCAUAUGUGCAGAGCCUGGAUACGCGCAGAGACGAGCUCGAAUACCACCUCACCGAACAUUUGCGCAUCAGCGGCAUCUACUGGGGCCUUGUGUCACUUCAUCUGCUUGGACACCCGGACGCUCUGCCUCGAGACGGCUUGUUGGCGUACCUAUUCAGCUGCUUGCACGAAAAUGGAGGGUUCGGCGCAGCACCAGGACACGACCCGCACAUGCUCUAUACGGUGUCUGCUGUGCAAAUACUCGCCAUGAUCGAUGGCUUUGACGAGCUGGAGCAGCGGGUGCCCAACGGCAAGAUGAAGGUCGCACAGUACAUGGCAGGACUGCAACAGCCGAAUGGUACAUUCGCUGGAGACAAAUGGGGUGAGACUGACUCUCGGUUCCUGUAUGCGGCGCUCAACGCACUUUCGUUGCUCCAAAUGCUGCCUCAUCAGCGACCUGAAGAGCCACCUCUGAUCAACCUUGAGGCCGCCAUACAAUAUGUCAAAGCAUGCCAAAACUUUGAUGGUGGCUUUGGCGUUGCUCCUGGCGCAGAAUCACAUUCCGGGCAGGUUUUCACGUGCAUAGGCGCUCUCAAGAUUGCCGGCGAGGUCGAUUCUUACCUUGGCGAAGAAGGUAAAGAUCGCCUAGGCGCAUGGCUUUCAGAACGCCAACUGCCCAGCGGCGGCCUCAACGGUAGGCCAGAGAAACUCGUAGACGUCUGCUACAGUUGGUGGGUGCUCACGAGUCUGGCCAUGAUCGACCGUCUGCACUGGAUCGAUAAAUCCAAGCUUACACACUUCAUUUUGCAAUGCCAGGACCCAGAUCAGGGUGGUUUUGCAGACAGACCUGGCGACAUGGUCGACGUAUUUCACACCUGUUUUGGCACGGCCGGUCUCAGUCUGCUCGGGCAUCCUGGGCUGUUGGAGGUGGACCCGGCGUACUGCAUGCCAAAGCACAUUACUGAUAGACUUCUCGGGAGAACGCCAUGAAGCUUAUAUCGACCUCAUCCUAUCGAAAGUAGGACUGUACCUGCUUUGCGUACUCACGAAGACACGAAGACACGAACGAUGUUUUUGGUGAACGCCUAUUGCCCAGCUGAAGACCUGUUUUGUCCGCAAGCUCGAAUAGGUCGCGGGUUAACAAGUUUCUUGUUCCCUGGCAACGUGUGUGGCACAUCACGGUAGGUAGUCACAUGCAAGAUGCAUGCGCGUGCUUCGCGCCACUGGUCCCUCUCGCAAUCUAAUAACCC